AUGGUGCGUGCUUAUGCAGCCGGCUGGGUGUGGGCGUACAGGUACAGUGAGACGGGCAACAUCCUGACACCUUCUGUGGUGAUGCAGCCAGGACAGGGACAAGGUGGGGAUUUUGGAGACGCGCUUCAGGGCCGAUGGCUGCCGGCCAAGGGAGAGAGGCCCGAGGUCUGUAGGCAUGUCACAGCGGCUCAGGACCCCCGGAUUGCAGUGAUCCGAGCAAAGGCCGUCUCUGCGAAAGAGGUGGAUUCAGGGAACGAUAUAUAUGGGAAUCCGAUCAAACGAAUCCAGUAUGAAAUCAAGCAGAUCAAGAUGUUUAAGGGCCCUGACAAGGACAUAGAGUUCAUCUACACGGCUCCAUCCACCGCCGUGUGCGGCCGGCUGCUGGACACCGGCGGGAAGAAGGAGUAUCUCAUUGCAGGCAAGUCAGAGGGCAACGGCAAGAUGCACAUCACGCUCUGCGACUUGGUCUCCACCUGGGACUCGCUGAGCCCAACCCAGAAGAAGAGCCUAAACCAGCGGUACCAGAUGGGCUGCGAGUGCAAGAUCUCGCGCUGCCUCUCCAUCCCCUGCUUCGUCUCCUCCUCGGAUGAGUGUCUCUGGACAGACUGGGCGAUGGAGAAGAACAACGUGGACGGGCGGCAGGCGAAGCACUACGCUUGCAUCAAGAGGAGCGACGGCUCGUGUGCCUGGUACCGCGGCAUGGCCCCCCCCAAGCAAGAGUUUCUCGACAUCGAGGACCCCUAAGCCAAACGAGCGCAUUCCAGUAGCCAGUAGAAAAAACCUGCGAGAUGUUAGACUGGUCCACGCUGAUAUCAAUUCCUGGAGACAGCAUGAAAAUCCGCUCGGCCGUGGGGGUCCCUGGGCUGCGGCGGCUGCCAAGCGCGUGCAGGGGGCAGGGACGGGGACCCGCUCUGUCGCAGGCACGUGGCAGCCCGUGGCUGUGCUGGGCGCUGCUGCACUCACGGCAGGGCUGAGCGGGGCAUGGGGGCACCCCCCUGCCGGGGCCUCGUCCCUACCUGGCCAUGCUCAGCCCUGGCGCCCCAGCAGCUGUGAAGGAAUCGACUCACAAGUGGCGGGAGCUGCCCCGUCUGCGUAGCAGGUCUACCAGUGCCCCCGCCGCGGGGGAGCCACCCCAGCAGCUCUUGCCAGGCAGCCCUCCCCACCGCAGCGUCCCCAGCUGCCCUCCAGCGCUGGGGACCCCGCUGUCCCCUUCCCCACCCACUGCCCGUCCCUCCCUUUGGGGUGCAGGAAGGGUACAGCCCUCCAGGCAGGGGCUCUGGGGGGCUUUACCAUGCAGCAGAGCCCCUGGCUGUGUGCGAGGGGCUACGGGCCUUUCGCGGGGCCGGAUGGCUCCUGUGCAGGUGCCUUGUCCCAAAAAGCUGGAGGGGCACGUUAGCACGGCUGGGGUGACACCCCGCUCCCGCAUGCACCCAGGCACUGCUGCCCCUCUCUCCACAUGCUCCUCUCCCCAUGGGGACAUGGAGGUGAGUGCGGGGUUCACCGCC